CCACCCUCUCAGUCACCGGCGCGUGUGGGGACGGGGCGCGGGUGUGACGGAGCGGGAAGACACGGCUGCUCCGUGCUCCGUGGAGAGUCCUGGCGCGGGCGCGGGCGGCCCGGCGCGAGCCCCACACCCUCCCUCCUUGUUUUUUCGGUAAAAAAGAAAAGCUAAGAGCGCGGCUGUGCGGGAUCCUGCACCGAGAUCCUCCUUUGAAAACUAUUACCAGAGGGAACCUGUGCAAAUAAAAAUUUGUCCAUCAUGUCAGCAGAAUCUGUGGAGAUUGAUGAUGCAUUAUACAGUCGACAGAGGUACGUUCUUGGAGAUACAGCAAUGCAGAAGAUGGCCAAGUCCCAUGUUUUCUUAAGUGGUAUGGGUGGUCUUGGUUUGGAAAUUGCAAAGAAUCUUGUUCUUGCAGGAAUUAAGGCACUUACCAUUCAUGAUACAGAAAAAUGCCAAACAUGGGAUCUAGGAACCAACUUCUUUCUCUGUGAAGAUGAUGUUGUUAAUAGGAGAAACAGGGCUGAAGCUGUACUUCAACAUAUUGCAGAACUAAAUCCAUAUGUUCAUGUCACAUCAUCCUCUGUUCUUUUAAAUGAAACCACAGAUCUCUCCUUCUUAGAUAAAUACCAGUGUGUAGUAUUGACUGAGAUCAAACUUCCAUUGCAGAAGAAGAUCAAUAACUUUUGCCAUUCUCAGUGCCCUCCAAUUAAGUUCAUCAGCACAGAUAUACAUGGAAUUUGGUCACGAUUGUUUUGUGAUUUUGGUGAUGAAUUUGAAGUUUCGGAUACAACAGGAGAAGAGCCAAAAGAAAUUUUCAUUUCAAAUAUAACACAAGCUAAUCCUGGCAUUGUUACCUGCCUUGAAAAUCAUCCUCACAAGCUUGAGACAGGGCAGUUUUUAACAUUUCGAGAAGUUAAUGGAAUGACAGGCUUAAAUGGAUCUACACAACAAAUAACCGUGGUAUCACCAUUUUCUUUUAGCAUUGGUGAUACUACAGAACUGGAACCUUAUUUACAUGGAGGCAUAGCUGUCCAAGUUAAGACUCCUAAAACAUUUUGCUUUGAACCAUUGGAGACGCAGAUAAAACAUCCAAAGUGCCUUAUUGCGGAUUUUAGCAAACCUGAGGCAUCUUUACAGAUUCACACAGCAAUGCUUGCCUUGGACCAGUUUCAGGAGAACUAUAAUCGCAAGCCAAAUAUUGGUUGCCAAGAAGAUUCAGAAGAGCUCUUGAAACUAGCAACAUCUAUAAGUGAAACCUUGGAAGAGAAGCCAGAAGUAAAUGCUGACAUUGUGCAUUGGCUCUCUUGGACUGCUCAAGGUUUUUUACCUCCACUUGCUGCAGCAGUAGGAGGUGUUGCCAGCCAAGAAGUAUUGAAAGCCAUAACAGGAAAGUUUUCUCCAUUGUGCCAAUGGUUAUACAUUGAAGCAGGAGAUAUUGUCAAAUCCCUAGACAAAAUUGAACGUGAAGAAUUUCUCCCACGAGGAGAUAGAUAUGAUGCCUUACGAGCUUGCAUUGGAGACACGUUGUGUCAGAAGCUACAAAAGUUGAAUAUCUUUUUAGUAGGAUGUGGAGCCAUAGGCUGUGAAAUGUUAAAAAAUUUUGCUUUACUUGGUGUUGGUACAGGCAAAGAAAAAGGAAUGGUUACAGUUACAGAUCCCGACUUGAUAGAAAAAUCCAACUUGAAUAGACAGUUCCUAUUCCGUCCUCACCACAUACAGAAACCUAAAAGCUAUACUGCUGCGGAUGCAACCCUGAAAAUAAAUCCUCAAUUAAAGAUAGAUGCACACUUGAACAAAGUAUGUCCAGCCACUGAGGCUAUUUACAGUGACGAGUUCUAUACUAAACAAGAUAUCAUUAUUACAGCAUUAGAUAAUGUGGAAGCCAGGAGAUAUGUAGACAGCCGUUGCUUAGCAAAUCUACGACCCCUCUUAGAUUCUGGAACAAUGGGCACUAAGGGACACACUGAAGUUAUUGUUCCUCAUUUAACUGAAUCCUAUAAUAGUCAUCGGGAUCCCCCAGAAGAGGAAAUACCAUUUUGUACUCUAAAAUCCUUUCCAGCUGCUAUUGAACAUACUAUACAGUGGGCAAGAGAUAAGUUUGAAAGUUCUUUUUCCCACAAGCCUGCAUUGUUUAACAAAUUUUGGCAAACCUAUCCAUCUGCAGAAGAGGUGCUACAGAAGAUACAAACUGGACACAGUUUAGAAGGCUGUUUUCAAGUUAUUAAGUUACUUAGCAGAAGACCUAGAAAUUGGUCCCAGUGUGUAGAGUUAGCAAGGUUAAAGUUUGAAAAAUAUUUUAACCAUAAGGCUCUUCAGCUUCUUCACUGUUUUCCCCUAGACACAAGAUUAAAAGAUGGCAGUUUGUUUUGGCAGUCACCAAAGAGGCCCCCCUCUCCAAUAAAAUUUGAUUUAAAUGAACCUUUGCACUUCAGUUUUCUUCUGAAUGCUGCAAAACUGUAUGCUGCAGUCUAUUGCAUUCCAUUUACAGAAGAGGACUUAUCAGCAGAUGCCCUCUUGAAUAUUCUUUCUGAAGUAAAGAUUCAAGAAUUCAAACCUUCUAACAAGGUUGUUCAAACAGAUGAAACUGCAAGGAAACCAGACCAUGUUCCUAUUAGCAAUGAAGAUGAGAGGAAUGCUGUUUUCCAACUAGAAAAGGCUAUUUCAUCUAAUAAAGCUACCACAAGUGAUCUUCAGAUGGCAGUGCUUUCAUUUGAGAAAGAUGAUGAACAUAAUGGACACAUAGAUUUCAUUACAGCUGCAUCAAACCUUCGUGCCAAAAUGUAUAGCAUUGAACCAGCUGACCGUUUUAAGACAAAGCGCAUAGCUGGUAAAAUUAUACCUGCAAUAGCAACAUCCACUGCUGCAGUUUCUGGCUUGGUUGCAUUGGAGAUGAUCAAGGUAGCUGGUGACUAUCCAUUUGAAGCUUACAAAAAUUGUUUCCUUAACUUAGCUAUUCCAAUUAUAGUGUUUACAGAGACAUCUGAAGUAAAAAGAACUGAAAUCAGAAAUGGAAUAUCAUUUACAAUUUGGGACAGAUGGACAAUACAUGGAAAAGAAGACUUCACCCUCUUGGAUUUCAUAAAUGCAGUCAAAGAGAAGUAUGGAAUUGAACCAACGAUGGUGGUACAGGGAGUCAAAAUGCUUUAUGUUCCUGUAAUGCCAGGUCAUGCAAAAAGAUUAAAGUUAACAAUGCAUAAACUUGUGAAACCUUCUACUGAAAAGAAAUAUGUGGAUCUUACUGUGUCAUUUGCUCCAGACACGGAUGGAGAUGAAGAUCUGCCUGGACCUCCAGUAAGAUACUAUUUUAGUCAUGACACUGAUUAACGGAAG